AUGACUUUGAGGCAGCGACUGAGUACAAUCCACCAGAAAGUGCGUCUGCAUGGAAACGACGAAAAGCACGAACAAACGGACGCAUGGAGUAAUCGCGAUCUGAUCCCUCUACCGCCAGAGCGGAGGACAUGGGGCUGGUUCAAUUUCUUCGGGGUUUGGGCUAUUGCAUCGCUGAACCUCGCAAAUUGGCAGACUCCAAGCACCUUCUUAGUCACGGAAGCUAUGGGCUUAUCUGUCCCACAGGCUAUCCUUAUCAUCGUUGUGAGCAGCAUAUUGAUCGCUCUGUUCUCUACACUUAUCGCUUGGGUUGGACUGAAGUGGCAUAUUGGCUUUACAGUACAGAACAGAUAUAGUUGGGGUAUGCGGGGAAGCUUCAUACCUUUGCUGCAGAGAAUCCUACUUAACUUCAUUUGGAACGCCGUCCAAUGUUGGAAUGGCGGCCGUCUGGUCGCCGUAUGCUUGACUGCGAUCUGGCCUUCGUACGCACGCAUGCCGAAUACCUUCAGCCCUAGCUUCCCUGCUACGACCGACCAGUUUGUAGGAUUUGUGGUGUUCUGGUUUCUAUCUACACCGUUCUUGUGGCUACGACCAGAGAAGUUCAAGAUUCCGUUCCUUGUAGUGUGCAUAUGGUGCGGCUUAGGUAUGUUAUCAUGGAUGAUCUGGGCAGUGACCACUGCCAAAGGCAGUACGUCAUGGCUCAUCAUGGCUGGUAUAAACCAAACCAUCGGCGGUCUUGCUGCUGGUAUCACCAACGGCAGCGACUUCUCACGCUAUGCACGUUCAAGAAGGCCCUAUAUCUACGGUACCAUCGCUAGCUGUGUGAUCACCAACGUCAUUGUCUCAUUAGUUGGAUUGGUUACCACCGCUUCGGGGCAAAAGAUCUAUGGCGAGAUCUAUUGGAAUCCACCAGAUCUACUCAUGCGCAUGAUGGACGAUGGAAACGGCUCAUCGCGGUCCCGUGCGGGUGUAUUCUUCCUGGCUGCAGGUUUCGCCUUCACUGCAAUGUUCGAGAACAUUUGCGGUAACGCUGUCUCUGGUGGAAUCGACCUUGCUGGUCUUUUUCCACGUUACAUCAACAUACGUCGCGGUGCUAUUAUCACGUUUGUGGCUGCAUGGGUCGUCCAGCCCUGGCAACUUAUCAACCGCGCCACCACGUUCAUCGCCGUUUUGUCUUCUUUUUCGGUGUUCUUAGCGCCCAUCAUUAGUAUCAUGUCAUGCGACUACUGUCUUCUACGAAAGGGAAGGAUUCGCUUGAGUCAUCUAUACCGAACAGAGGACUCUUCAUACUACUUCACCAAGUGCUUCAACUGGAGAGCGGUACCGUCUUGGCUCUGUGGCUGGGCACCAACUAUUGGUGGCCUUGUGGUGACCGUGAGAGGAGACGUUAGUCCAUCGCGGUCCUUGGUACAACUCUACAAUAUGGCCUUUUUGAUAGGAUUCUUCAUCAGCGCUAUCGUUUUCUAUGUUCUCAACCUGAUCUUCCCCAUUCCUGAUAUGGACCAGAUCGAUCCCACCGAUCUAUACGGCACCUUCACAGAGACGGAGGCAAGGCGAGCUGGUGUAGCUCCGCUAGAUGAGAGGCGGAUCCAAGGAGUUAUGGCUAGGCGAAGAUCAACCGAACAGGUUGUUAUCUAUGGAGAGAAGGGUGUGUGA